CCUCACUCACCUAUCACAUGACAUGCACAAUCCAAGAUGGCUACACUGUCAGAGGAACACUUCUCUGCUUUGCAACUUUUGUUGAAGGCUCCGUCUAAAGAUGCCGUGCGGCAGAUGUGUGCCGACAGUUUCUCGUCCGGAGCUCCUGAAUCACGGCGACUUGCAGAAAGUACAGCUGGAACCCUGUCCGUGUCAUCGACUGAGGCCAAACAGCUUCUCACAGCUCUCCACACGGUCGCGCAUUACGUGGUGUUUCACAACCUGGCUUCACCCGAACAGAUUCUGGCUGUCUUCCCAGACACCUUCCAUUCCAGUCUAAAGAAUCUAAUUACAAAGAUUCUGUUGGAACACAGCACAAUAUGGACAAAUGAAGCUAUUGCCAACCAAAUUUCACUGCCCAAGCUAGUGGAGACGGACUGGAGGGUGGACAUGAAGACUGCCUCAGACUCAGUCAGUCGCAUGGCAGUUCCCACUUGUCUGGUAAACAUGAAGGUCCAGGACUUUUCCUGUGCGGGAGGCAUUGACUCUGUCUCCUCAGUUACCAUGGAGCUCAGUAAAGAAACGCUCGACACCAUGUUGGAUGGAUUAGGUCGCAUCCGAGACCAGCUGUCUACAGUGGCUGGAAAAUAGACAUUUUCCGACAUGAGGAUGGUGCCUUCAACAAGAGGCCUUUUUUCUGGACAACAAUGAACUGCUUGUAUAGCUCUUAAAAUGUUCUCUCAUGAGCAUCAUGUGUGGACAUGGGCACGUACACACCCACCCACUCACCCCUACAGUUCCCUACCAUUUUUGACUAAACACACAGGUGAAUUUGCAACUGUCUAAAGUGGAGACAUCACAUUCCUCAUUAGUUAAGACAUGUAUGUGUUUUUGUACCAGAUCGAUGUGAAUUAUUAAAAU